AUUCAUAGAAUUACAGCGCGGUGUUUCCUGGGAAGCGUAGUCCAUUUGGGGUUGGAAUCCAAUACGAUUCUAAGUCAAUGGAAGAGGGGGAAAACUACAACCAGAGAGAGUGGAGCCAGGCGGGAAUCGGAGGGAUAGUCUCCCUGAGCGCGCGGCUUUACGGGAGUCGUAGUCCAUCCAAAGCGGAAGACCAAUAGCACUCUAAGGAGUGGGACGAGGAAAAGAACUAUAACCAUAGAGAGGAAAUAGAGCCAGGCAGGAUGUGAAGGUUUCUCUGCCUAUUUCCGCCGGCUUCAGCGCUCCAACUCAUUCCUCUCAUCCGGGUCCUGGGCGAAAGAGGAUGCAUCCCGGGCUGGCGGCUGGGCUGGUUUUUGGCGGUUGCUGUAGCAACGUGGUGUUUUUGGAGCUUUUGGUCAGGGAAUUUCCAGGAUGUGGGAAUUUAGUGACAUUUGCCCAGUUCUUCUUCAUAGCUGUGGAAGGUUUCAUCUUCGAGGCAAACUUUGGAAGGAAACGGCCUGUUAUCCCUAUCAAGUACUACUUCAUCAUGGUGGCCAUGUUCUUCACAGUCAGUGUGGUGAACAACUAUGCCCUCAACUUGAAUAUUUCAAUGCCGCUGCAUAUGAUAUUUAGAUCGGGAUCUCUGAUCGCCAACAUGGCGCUGGGCAUCAUCAUUCUGAAGAAGAGAUAUACCGUCUCCAAAUAUGCCUCCAUAGCUCUUGUAUCCCUAGGAAUCUUCAUUUGCACCUUCAUGUCUGCAAAACAAGUGAGCUCCACGUCAAGUACAAGCAAAGAGGAGGAAGAGGAGAGCCUUUCUGCCUUCCUCUGGUGGUUGCUAGGCAUUGCUGCGCUGACCUUCGCCCUGCUCAUGUCGGCCAGGAUGGGGAUCUUCCAGGAGACCCUGUAUAAAAAAUUCGGCAAACACUCCAAGGAAGCCCUUUACUACAAUCACGCGCUCCCCAUUCCAGGCUUCCUCCUCCUGGCUCCCGACAUCUACAAACAGGCCGUGCUCUUCAACCAGUCUGAAUUGUUCCAGGUCCCGGUGCUUGGACUCAGUUUGCCCAUCAUGUGGUUCUACCUCAUAAUGAAUGUCAUCACUCAAUACGUCUGCAUCCGAGGGGUCUUCAUCUUGACCACAGAGUGCACCUCCUUGACCGUCACGCUGGUGGUGACCCUGCGGAAGUUUGUCAGCCUCAUCUUCUCCAUCCUGUACUUCAGGAACUCCUUUACCGCCUGGCACUGGGUCGGGACCCUCUUGGUUUUUGUGGGGACGCUGAUCUACACAGAAGUCUGGAACAGCCUGGGAGCCACGCUAGAGCAGAAGGGAAAGGCAGACGAGAAGAAGCAGGAGUGACGCAGAACAACGUCCCUCUCUAGGGAGGCUCAAGUCUUCCUCUCUGAAAGUGGGACCUUUUCUGACUUGAGGUUGUUUUUUUAUUUCUUAUGAUGCAGCGUGCUGGCGGAUUCCCUUCUCGUGGAAGCGGGGGAUUGAUUUUUGUAAUACAAAAAAUAACCAGGUUUUGGCUAUGCCAAGCAAAUGAACAGGCUCCCUUAAGUGGGGAAAUUUUUAGAAAGAAGAAGGUGCCGAGUAGAGGUAGUAAAUGGAACGGUACUGAGAUGAAACCUACAACGGUUUAGCUCCCAGGUGAAGAACAUGCAGUCCUCCAAGUAUUUUUGACUCCUGGUUUUCUUCGGUCACUGCCAACUUGAGCAACAGAGUAGGAUGAUGGGAAUGGUUGUUCAAUGAGAUCUGAAAAAUCACACAAUCCCUUACCUUGAUGCAGUCCUAGCUUGGUGUAAUUUCUGUCCCAGUGAGAGGAUGUGCUAUAUGGAACACAUUCUAUUCUAUUUUAUGACAUAGUUGCCAUCUUGAAAAACCACCGAAGAGCCAGGGGAGGCCAAAUUGCCAUUUCUAGAAUGCUAACCAUGACAGUUGCCAUGAGAUGGUGUUCACUGUUGUGGCCAUUCUCUUAUUUGCCACACAAAAGCUAGAGGCAAUUGUUUGCCUUCAUAAGAGCCAAAAGCCAAGUCGUAUGCACCUUUGGCUUUCAUGGUGAGGAAGAACCUUUGCAGUUGGUCCUCCCUCCUUGCUUUUGAGUUCCCAGCUUCAAAAGAAUGAAGUGACUUAGUCAGAAUGACAUUUAAAUUACUGAUAUAGAGCUGGAGGUUAAUGUUGGCCAGGUGCCUUGUGAUUGUAAAAUGGGAUUGCUGAACUCAAUCAUCAUCAUCAUCACCAUCAUCAUCAUAAAACUUUAUUUUUUCCCAUCCUACUUCUCCGAGGGGACUCAGGGCAGUUUACAACAAAAAAAUUGGCAAACAUUCAAUGCCAACAAAAACAUAAUGGAAUACAUCAAAUCAUGACCUGGAUGAUAAUUUCCUGCAAAUUGACUUCAUACAGUGAUAUUCAAGUGGCCUGGGAGUGCUUGGUGGUUCCCAGGCCAUUUUAGUGUUAUUUCCACGUUGAAUGUUGGUCUGAAAUGUCAAGGCGUUAUCUCAAGAUGCUCAACUCCAUCCCCAAUAUGUAAUAAUACAGAAUAUAGUAGGAUCUUGUAUAACUUUUUUAGAGUUCAGACUAAAACUCAUUGAUGUACAUCUUUUCAGUAAAGUGUAUAUAAAUAUAGUAAAACUUCUGUAUCUGCAGGGAAUUGCAUUCCUGGCCAGAUCUCCACUACCUACAACUACGGAUGCUUGUAUGGCCAUUACGUUGAUUUACUUCUGGUUCCAGUUGCCUUGGAGAAGCUAGUCAAUUCCCAGAGACACGUGUCUAGGAAUGUCUAGGUUUUCCAGUUCAAACCUAUUAGGAUUUGGUGGAAGAGAGACUGUAGAUCAUGCAGAUGUGAGUUCUAUAGUUAUGGAAGAGGAGGGCUUACUAUAUGGCUUAUGUGUAUGUGUGUUCCUUCUGGGACAGGGCACAAGUCCUUCCCUCCUGCCAACUGUGUCCUUCUUUCCAAAAAGGAGAGAGGCAAUACCGACCAUCAUCCCUAACCAGCAGAGAAUGGCCAACAAACAUCUAAAAAUAGUCAUUCCGUAAACCUGGUGCACAAAAUAAUCCAGAAUGGAAGUGUUUUCAGAUGGCAAAUUGCCCCCUGAAUUAAAAAGCUAGAUUCCAAAAAUAAGGCUCAGAAUUCCUCACUUUGCUAUGAUAACUUUGACUUCAGUGCCCGUCUAUUUUAUGGUAUAUUUUUUAUUUCUUAUUAGAUUUUAUAUGUUAACUUUCAAGGAGUUCUAAAGGAGAGGUUUAUGAGGUUGUCCCUACCCAAAAUGUAGGAUCUUCAUCUCAUUCAACAGACCUGGGAAUUGCAAUUGAACUGUGCUUUCCACUCUCAUAUAUUUAGAAACCUAGAUGCAAGGGGAAAGGAUGACUAUUCACCUUGGCUUGCUAAAUUUCUAAAUGUAUUCUAAUGUGGAGUGAUAGCUGGGUAGAUUAUAAUCUAGGAAUGGCAAGAGGUGUCCCAUCUUCCCACUUUUUUGUUCCAGAGCCUGUUCAGGGAUUUUCCUUCUUCAACAGAGAAAUGCAUUUUUAAAAAUUCCCUUCUUGCAGUCAGUUUAUUUUUACACUCCUCUGUUUGAAUAUCCCCAAUGGAAAAAUGUGUGUCCCUAGUCUAUGGCAUUCUGCAGUUGGAGCAAAAUGACUCCUAGCCAAACCUUAGUUUGUAAUUAGAGAAAGAGAAUGCAUUAUAGUUGCUUUAUAUUUUAUUUUUGAGUGUGCUCCAUAUUCUUUGGAUUCUGUGGUGCUCGGGUGUGUGUCAUUAUUAGGAGGGGAAGUGGGAAACGGGUCCCUCCAGUGUAUGGCCAUUUCAAAGGCUGUAUCAUGAAUCAGUCAAGGAUUGACUUGUACAUAUGACAUUGUCAUAUAAAUCCUGGUGUAGCGUCUCAUAGUAACCCAGAGGUGGGAUUCAUAUCCCUUCAGGAGACCAUUGAAAUAUGAGUCCCAGCAGCAGCCUGGGCCAACCUAGCCAAGGUUAGGAAAUACUAGGAGUUGUAGUCAAUCUGUCCCAAUCUCUUACUUUGAACUUUGUUCUCUUCACCGAAUAAUUUUAUUUGUUUGUGUCACUCUUUUUAUCCUUGAAAGGCAAUGUCUUUACAGUGUUUCAUGCAUAUUUAUAUAUAACUUUGUGUUUACAAGCAGAUUGGAAUGCUUUAUUUUGUGCUAUAAAAACCACAAGGUUUGUUUUCUCAUAUUUAGCACAAUUAAGUGUUAGAUCGUGACAUUAUUUUGCAUUCUCAUGUUAUACCGGGAAACACUUUGUGUAGCAUUAUGGACAAACAAAUCCCUGAAAUUUUGGCUUACAAAGGAGAAAUGCAGAGCAUUUGGGGAUGCCAUGUACCUUCUGGGAUUUGUACGUAUCUCACUGCAUUUCCAUAUACACUCAUAGCUGGAGCAUAUUCCUCCAUAUUGACUUAGUUGGUGGAUUGCCUUGCACUUAAUAUUCACAUAUCAUAAGGCAUAAUGUGUUUCCUUAGAAUCCUAAAAAUGGGGUAACCGGUGUUUUGCCAUGAACCCAGUCACCUAUGUUUGGAGUACCAAAAGGUACACCUGGCCAGGUACAUGUCCUCAGGUAGCCCCACAGUUUAGGCAACUAGCAGCCACCAUCCAAUAUAAUGGUGCAUAUUUAUUAUUGUUAUUAUUAAAUUAGUUUUUCUUAGAUUCAGCCGCCCUGAGUCCCCUAGGGUAAGAAGGGCGGGAUAUAAAUGUUGUAAAUAAAUAGGUUUUCUCCUCCGUUUGCUUUAGCAGUCAAGCAAAACAGUCUGCAACCCAUCCUAUAAAUCCCAGGGUUGCUGGGCCAGGCUGAGGCCCUGUCAUUUUAAUAGGUUUACGACUGGAAUGUAAGGUGAUCAACACUUUUUCCGAAGAAUAAAUACCUUUUUCUUACACUUGAAAAGAUUACCAGGGACUUGAACAAACUUGCACAAGGAAAAAGAGGGAAACGUGGCAAAACAGGGAAAGCAGGAACUCCCCACUGACUGGAGGUGGGGAGAAAUAUGUACGGUUUAAUAAAGGACUUUAUUGCAAA